AUGACGGGCACACGCUCGCGCCACCGCGAGCUGCCUUUCCUGCACCGGAACUGGAUCAGAGCCACCAACCACUGGUACACCAAGACGGGAAAUAACGCGUCGGCGCCGUCUCGCAAGCGCCAUCGCGUCGACAACGACCAUGAUGGCUUUCCGUUAUUUGAGCCUUAUGCCACCAUCACGCGGGCCCUCCGCAUCCGACUCGUCAAGGUCUGCCACAAGGACGCGCCUCGCGUCGAGGAGGCGCCUCGCGUCGAGAAUGACAUCCUCGACGGCCUAAUUCCGCCAAACACAAAUCACUUCAGAGUCCGUUGCAGCAUCGAGUUCGCGUGCCGUAGAGGUGACCAGGAUGUCGUCUUGCACGCCGACAGCCAGCUGUGCGAAGUCGACGUGUUCAAGAACCCCGCCGGCUCCUCUCCAAUGGCGCGCUUCUCCUCCAUCCAGCCCUUCUACAUCCCCGAGGACAAGAUCAGUCUCGAGCGUGAGGACAUGGUCUUUGGCCUCGCCAACUCGUACCAGGUGGUAAUCCGGCUUGAGUCCGGCGGUGGUAUCAACUGGCCUCCCAAUGACCUCCUCCCACCCGGCAACUCGGCCCAUUGGAAUGACGGACGGCUCUCUCCUCGGCAGUGGGCGUUCACCGCCACCAUUGUCGACUUGUACGACCGCAACCGCAAGACCAUUCGACUGAGGCUGAAGAAGACUUCCCAAGGCGACGAGAUGACUGAUUUUUCCAUAGACGUCGAUGUCGGCUGGUUUACGCCAGUUUCCAACCAGCUCGCGCGUGGGAAGGAUAUCAAGCAGUCUGUUACAGUGUCUGCCCCGGCCGAUGGAGAGGCAGAUAAGCUCCCCGACCCAGGUCGAACCAGACGGCCGAGGCCAGAAAUCAACUACAACGUCGACCACAUCUGGAAGACGGCCGUUAGGAGGCAGCGCAGGAAACGGCCGAGGUUAGACGACGAGAUUGAUCGGCCUGACGAGCCUUCCAUCACAUAUCUGCUCCUACCCGGGCAAGUACACAUUGAGAAGCUCGCGUGUCUGAUUUGCGGUGCGGAGACGGAGCGGAUCAGCCAGCUACGAGCUCAUUGCCAGAGCCACUCGCAGUUUGACUUUUUUUUCCAACGCCGGGACACCCGGACAAAGGGAGAGCUCAGGGUUCGGGUUACGCCAGCCACUGAUGUUGCCCAAGCACUCGGGCCAAGAAUUUAUCAGCUCGGUCCCCCAGUCAAGCUACUUGACCUGCGUAAAUAUGUCGAGGGCGACUUCUCAUGGGUCAGGUCUCGUCUGGGCCUAGAUAACGAUGAGGAGAUUAUUGAAAAACUUUUCCCGGCGCCUCCCAAGAAAUUCGGUAGCGAGCGGCCAGAGAAGUUACUGGUACCCAACAUCAAACAGGCGCUUUUUGACCCGAUAAGCAGAGCACAACUUGUGCCAGGCGCUGAAUACCGCCCCCGCCCGGUAGACGAUUCAUGGCUUCUUCUCAAACGUGCUGAUAGCUUGCGAGACUUUACCGACGUCUCGCCCGAGGAGAAGGAUUACAUGCCGGAAUGGGACUCGUUUAUCAUGAGAAACAAUCAUAUCUCUUCUGAGCAGUACCUGCCGCGCGUCUUCGUCGGCUUUGUGAAGGAGAAAGCGGACUGGCUUGUGUCCAAACGGAGUCGGAUGGACGAGUUCAGCAAGCAUGCUUCUAUGUUGCUGAUAAGGGGAGCCAUCGACGAGGCAUCCAUUCUCGAGGCCACCGAGAGCAUCAACGAGGCGAGGACCAAAGACUCUGGCGAGGCGCCCAAAGUCUUACCCAGGCAUCCUGGUACGGGCACGAGCGGGUGCAAUGCCUGCGGCAAACCUGUGCCGGUAUCGGCAAUGUUGACUUGCUCUAACAAGGCGUGCAAAAAACGUCUAUACCACGUGGGUUGCGUGGACGGUGUGGACGAGGAAGAUUUGGAAGAGAACACUUGGGUGUGCGGCAAGUGCUCCUAG